UUGGGACUUCUCUAUAUAACACCGUCGAUUCCUUCCCACUUCUCCACACUCAUCCUCCAUUGCUCACCUCUCUCUCUCUCUCUCUCUCUUUCGCUCCUUUCUCUCUUCUCGUCGCUGUUCGUUUCAGGACUCUCGAGGAGGGCGGAGAAAGAUGGCUCUUGCCGGGUUGUUCAUGGUGGGCCUUCUUGCGACGGUGGCGUCCGUCGACGGCUAUGGCGGGGGAGGAGGUGGCUGGAUCAAUGCUCACGCCACUUUCUACGGAGGCAGCGACGCUUCCGGCACUAUGGGCGGGGCGUGCGGGUAUGGCAACCUGUACAGCCAGGGGUACGGGACGAGCACGGCGGCGCUGAGCACGGCGCUGUUCAACAACGGGCUGAGCUGCGGGUCGUGCUUCGAGAUCCGCUGCGUGAACGACCAGAAGUGGUGCCUGCCCGGCUCCAUCCUCGUCACCGCCACCAACUUCUGCCCGCCCAACAACGCCCUCCCCAACGACGCCGGCGGGUGGUGCAACCCGCCCCUCCACCACUUCGACCUCGCCCAGCCCGUCUUCCAACACAUUGCCCAGUACCGCGCCGGAAUUGUCCCCGUCGCGUACCGAAGGGUGCCGUGCCGGAGGACGGGAGGCAUCAGGUUCACCAUCAACGGCCACUCCUACUUCAACCUCGUCCUCGUCACCAAUGUCGGCGGCGCCGGCGACGUCCACGCGGUGGCCGUGAAGGGGUCGAGGACCGGGUGGCAAACCAUGUCCCGUAACUGGGGCCAGAACUGGCAGAGCAACGCCAACCUCAACGGCCAGUCCCUCUCCUUCAAGGUCACCACCAGUGACGGCCGCAGCGUGGUCUCCAACGACGUCGCCCCUGCCGGGUGGUCCUUCGGGCAGACCUUCGCCGGAGCCCAGUUCCGCUAAGGACCCACCUUACUCAAAACAACAAACCUAAAUCAAAAUGAGGGUAUGACCGAGUGGAAGGAUUUAAUUAGUACACUAGGUUAUAUAAUACUAUAUAGUAUUAGACAUUGUCGGUCCAAAUUGAAAGGAGCUAGUUUUAAAUGGCUCCUCCUUCUAAUUUGGGUCAUUAGUUAUAAUUGUAUUAGGGCUUAUUGGUGAGAAGUCCAAUUUGUGUUUUUUCUCUUAGGGGUCAAAAGGGUCAUUUUGUUGCUUCUGCAAUUCUGCGGCAAUUGAAUGCAGAAGUUUCUGGCAGAGGUGGAGUCUUACCACCCGCCAUUAGUAAUUUGGUUUUCCUUUUUUUUCCAACUUGGGAGUGAGGUCAGGCGGCCCGUCAGGGUUUGGUCCAGCAAUAUUUUUUUGCUGGAAAUGACCUUCAAGCCCUCGCUUGCUAGUAAGCUGUAAAUUUCUUGUUUUGGUGUACUAAUCAAUGAAGCUAUGGACUGCUAUUACUAUUUUGUACUAA